AACCACUUCUGCCACCUCAUUCGCAGGACAACGCUUAUCAGCAGCUUAUCAGUGUUGUUAAGAACAACCUCCUGCCGAGGCCAGGUUCCGACAAAUAGCUGGCAGCAAAAGUUUUUCUGCCUUCUUGAUUAACAAGCUACCGGAUGCGUUAAUAUGACACGAAAAUAAUUAAAUUAUUCUUUAUCAAAUGUGGCAACAAAAAAUGUCGCUGGCUCCCGAACUAUGAGGAUUCAACGCGCUAUAGACACGCACGGUAUCCUUUCUAACCUCAUUUUCAUGAUAAAAAAAAAAGAAGCCUGUAAACCAUGUCGGGUGCCGAAGAAUCUUCAACGAAAAUCCAGUUUAGAAAAAAAAAUGUCAAGUCGUUGAGAAAGAGAGCUGGAUCAUCGGAAAAUGAUGAUAGUGACGAAAAAACUAGCUCUAUCAGGGAACGAUUGAGAGAAAUGAAAACUCUACAGAAAUUUCGUCACCGUCCCCAUGGAGUUAAUAUUGCGGGUCUUGCACUUGGUGAAAAAAUUACCGCUAAUGCAACGUCAGAUCCCUUCAACGUUAAGAAUGGAGGAAUGGUGAACAUGGCCGCACUCAAAAAUACAAAGCUCAAGCAAGCCAAUGACGCUUAUGAUACAGGAAUUGGGACACAAUUUAGUGCUGAAACUAAUAAACGAGAUGAAGAUGAAGAAAUGAUGAAGUACAUCGAAGAACAGCUGUCAAAACGCAAAAAUAAAAGCAGUGGAACGAGUAAUGCCGAAGGAAAUGGAGGUGAAGGAAGUUACUGCUCGCCGGAAGAAGCGGCCCUUCAAGCAGUUCCAGAACAUUUGCGUCAAAGUUCAGCCAACACAAGCGAAGAAAUGCUUUCAAAUCAGAUGCUUUCUGGUAUACCAGAAGUUGAUCUAGGUAUCGAGGCUAAAAUUCGCAACAUAGAAGCCACUGAAGAAGCAAAAUUAAAACUGUUGUGGGAAAGGCACAGAAAAAAAGACGGCCCUUCUCAAUUCGUACCAACAAACAUGGCGGUUAACUUUGUGCAACAUAAUCGAUUCAACAUUGAAGAUGCAGAUGCACAAAAGAGUAAGCGAGAUGCUGAAGAAAGAAGACGACUCAAUGCCCGAAACAACGAUGCUAAAGAGAAACGAAAAGACAAUGGAGAAAAAGCAACAGAUGAUUAUCAUUACGAACGAUUCAAGAAACAGUUUCGUAGAUUCUAGGAGGCUAUAUGUGAUGUAUUUUGUGUAUAUUUGAGCAAUAAUGAAUGUCAAACUUCUGGUCGAGUGUAAAAUAAUCAAACUUAGCAUCAUUGUUUUAAUAAUGAAUGCUCAAAUUGUAUGAUAUACAUACAUUAAUGACAGAAGUCAAACCAAACUAUGUAUGAAACCAUUCAAUAUGAGCCGGUCGUUUUUAACAACUGUAAGCUGUGAUUGUGAUGGUAUGAUCAUCAUGGUAUAAUUAUUAGAGAGAAACAUAAUAAGUUGGCACGACUAGACGCUCGGAUUGGGCUGCGAUCAUGCGAUUAUACGGUAGUUGUAGUCGGUAUUCUAGCGCGCGACGUUUGGACAUAAUGUCAUCUGCUUCACUAUUUGAUAAAUGAGUUCAUCUACCACUCAGCUGGUGAAUUUAUUUUGACUUGUGGUUAAUGCCCAGAAAAACAUGUGAAAGUGAUUCGGUUUUAGGAUGCGAUUUGUAAGUUCUGUUAACUUUUAAUCUGCCUUCGUGUUUAUUACACUUUUCGUCACUGGACGUCUUAAGAGCA